AUAUAUAGAAGCAUAAUGGCUAUGUCAAGAAAAAAAAAUACUUCCAACAACAAUCACAAUAGCUCUUGGCAGUCUCCAAAUUUUAUCCAUACACAAGUAUUAGAUGUAUGUGAGUUGUUGCAUCAUAGAAUACAAAUAACAAAAAAACCAAAUAAUAAUAAUAAUACCAUGGAUGCUUUAACCGAGAAGCAAGAGGCUUUGGUGAAUAGUUCAUGGGAAGCAUUCAAGAAAAACAUUCCUCACCUUAGCAUUGUGUUCUAUUCAUCGAUAUUGGAGAAAGCACCGGAAUCAAAGGACAUGUUCUCAUUUUUAAAAAACUUUGAUGGAAUACCACAUCAAAAUUCAACUCUUGAGGCGCAUGCUGAAAAGAUUUUUGACAUGACACGUGACGCAGCUAUUCAACUUCGAGCAAAAGGGAAGAUAGAUUUGGCAAAUGAUGUUACAUUAGAAUAUUUAGCCUCUGUCCACGUUCAGAAAGGAGUAACUGAACAACAUUUCGUGGUGUUAAAAGAAGCAAUGUUGAAAACAAUAAAGAAAGCAAUGGAUGAUAAAUGGAGUGAGGAAUUGAGUUGUGCUUGGAGUAUACCCUAUGAUCAACUGGCUGCUACAAUUAAGAAGGCAAUGGGAUGGGAACUUGGAAACCAAUCAUAAACAACUUUUAAUACAUUAUUUUGAUUUCACUAAAACUUGUUAAAACAAGUUUCUUUUACAAAUGUCACGAAAAAUAAGUUAGUCACGGCCAACUUUUAAAUUAUUUUAAUGCCUUUCUAUACAAUUAUAAAAUAUUUAGAUUUAAAUUCGAGAUAGUGUAAAAAUUCUAUGUUUGAAUUCGAGAUAUAAUAAAUUAGUCGGUAUAACAA